AUGGAACCUCACAUCUCAUCUGGUCAUUUGGUGGCCACAUUCUUCGACCUUCUUAAGGCACAUAGUCAUUUGGCGGCCACAUUCUUUAAACUUCUUAAGGCACGUGGUCAUUUGGCAGCCAUAUUCAUCGUCCUUCUUAAGGCACGUGGUCAUUUGGCAGCCAUAUAUAUCGUCCUUCUUAAGGCACAUGGUCAUUUGGCAGCCAUAUUUAUCGUCCUUCUUAAGGCACGUGGUCAUUUGGCGGCGAUAUUUUUCGGCCUUCUCAAGGAACAUGGUUAUUUGGCAGCCAUAUUCUUCGACCUUCUCAAGACAUAUGUUCAUCUGGCGACCAUAUUCUUCGGCUUUCUUAUGGCGCAUGGUCAUUUCGCAGCCACAUUCUUUGACCUUCCUAAGGCACAUGGUCAUUUGCCGGCCAUAUUCUUCGACCUUCUUAAGACACAUGUUUAUUUGGUGGCGAUAUUCUUCGACCUUCUUAGAGCGCAUGGUCACUUAGCAGCCGUAUUCUUCGGCCUUCUUAAGGUUCAUGGUCAAUGUUGA